CACAUUUGGUAAUCUCGGUCAUAUUCUGUAGCCUAUCACAAAUUCUAUCUCCUAGUAGCCAACAGUCAUUAGAAGGGAGGUUUGUCUACCGUCCCCAACUUCAAUACUAACACCAUCUCUCACCAUCUUUUUCACGUAAAGAUCUUUCUUAAAGACCAUAUAUGCACAAUUAUGUACUUUUAUUUAUUUAAUUUCAUUUACUUUCAAAUUUUCUAACCAUAAAAGUUGACUUCUAUAUAAUCAAGUUUUGAUAUACACGUAUAUCUCUUGCUGAAAUCAUUCGUUUCUCCUCUCUUGAUAUCUGCAGGUUGCCUAGGUUUUGGAGUAGCGUGUUUAUUUAUUACUGGUACAUGGUGGUCGCACAAAAUUUUAAAGAAGAGAAGGAAAAAGAAGCUUCAAAGGCAGUUCUUCAAACAAAAUGGAGGUUUAUUAUUGCAGCAACAACUGUCUUCAACUGAGGAUAAUAUUGGAAAGACCAAAAUAUUUAGUAUCAAGGAGUUGGAGAGGGCAACUGACCAUUUCAACAGGAAUAGAAUUCUUGGUCAGGGAGGCCAAGGCACUGUUUAUAAAGGAAUGUUGGUUGAUGGAAGAAUUGUUGCGGUUAAGAAGCCAAAAGUACUGGAUAAAGAGAAAGUUAAAGAGUUCAUCAAUGAGGUGGUCAUUCUUACACAAAUUAAUCACAGAAACAUUGUUAAGUUAUUAGGUUGUUGUUUAGAGACUGAAGUUCCUUUGCUAGUUUAUGAAUUCAUCCCUAAUGGGACACUUUUCCAGUACAUUCAUGAUGAAAAUGAAGACUUCCCGUUAACCUGGGAACGACGGUUAACAAUUGCAACAGAAGUAGCUGCAGCCCUUUCCUACUUGCACUCGGCAGCCUCCAUUCCCAUUUAUCAUAGAGAUGUCAAGUCCUCAAAUAUUCUACUGGAUGAAAAGUACAGGGCAAAAGUUUCAGACUUUGGGACAUCAAGGUCAAUUGCCAUUGAUCAAACUCAUUUGACCACAAAUGUUCAGGGCACAUUUGGGUACCUAGACCCUGAAUAUUACCAAUCUAGUCAAUUUACAGAAAAAAGUGAUGUUUACAGUUUUGGAGUUGUCCUUGUUGAGCUCUUAACAGGAGAAAAACCAGUUUCUUUAGCAAGGGCAGAAGGAGAAAGAAGUUUGGCCUUUCAUUUCAUUCAUUCCAUGGAAGAGAAUAGUCUCUUUAGUAUUCUUGAUGCUCGAGUUAGGGAGAGUUCUACAUGUGAAGAGAUAACAAAGGUUGCUAAACUUGCACAUCGAUGCUUGAGCUUGAAUGGUAAGAAGCGGCCAAAGAUGAUAGAAGUUGCUGUGGAGUUAGAGCAGAUUCGUCUUUUGCAAAACAAUUCAAAUGGUCAACAGAAUCAUGAAGAGGUUAUUUCUGUCAAAAGUGAAUUAACCAAUCUCUGGGAUGGUACCUCGACAUCAAUAGGUUCCGGUUUGGACUCUGGAGCUUCUUUGUCCAUAGAAAUGCAGCCAUUAAUUUCCAAUGCAUCACGGGGAUUUAACUGAUUUAUCCUAGAAUGCAUUUAUUCCAUGUUGAGGAACAUAAUAAGCUCUUUCUUUCUUUAGUGUUUGAAAAUUUGUAGUUCAUCUAAUUUUUAUUUUUUUUGCUUUGUAGUUUAAAGUUCAAAUAAAGUUUAUGCACUGCUCGGUUACAAUAAUUUGAUAUCAUGAUGACAGCUAAGGCCAUUUCCUUUCCAGUUUUAAAUUCUUUGUCUCACAAAAACUUGCCAAGAUUAAAUUAAGUCAACUUUU